UUGAUGCACAUUGCCACAUCACUGCCAUAUAGAUCUUGACUUUCUAACAUAAAAAUCUGUUUUCUGUCCAGAAUUAAUGUCCUCACUCAAUCUUAUUUUAUCACUUGUGAGGACAUUAUGAAGAUAAACAUGAUAACACACACACCUAGACAAGCACACACACACAUGUUCUAUCGGAAUACAGAAAGUUCUGGAAUACAGUGUGUCAGAGUUCUGAGUUCCAUCACUAGUAUAUAAGCUUCUCCACCGUGUGACUACAGAGAGAUUGUCUGCACUGAACUACUGAACAGUUUGCCACAAAACCUCCCACUCCAACCGAGGAAAUCUCAAGACAGAAAACUCAGAAGAAGAGAGAAGAACGAGAAACAAAACAAAUAUACCAAGCUCAUCUGAAAGAUGUCUGAACAGAGACAGAUUUCCAGUUACAUGGAAAAUGAGAAGAACAUGGGCAAAAGGCCCAGCUCUCCUACUUUUUCCAUGGACUCUUUGACCCCUGAGAUCAACAACAUCCCUGUCUCAGAGUUCACCAAUCACACAUCGUUGGAUGACAAUGAGCUGAUGCAGUGUGAUGACCUCUUAGAUAAAGAAGAGCUCACCUGCUUCAACAUCCACGAAAACAUGAGCCUGGAAAGCAGAUCAUUGCUCUCCGGCUCCUGGUCUUGCAGCACUGAUUCAGUUCUCUCAGAGGUCAUCACCUUAUUCGAUCAGGAUGUCAAUGAAGUGAUUAAAGCAGUAUGCCAAAGCUUUUUUGAUCCUGAGAACAUGGAGACAGAGGCAGUUGAUUCUGAAGUUAAAGGGGCCACAGAGAGCAUAUCAACCUCCAGACUGACCAUCGGGUCAGAUAAGAGCCUGUCUUCUUCUUCCACUGAAACAGUCAUCGCUGAGGCAGCAAAAAAACUUGUCUCUUUGGUGUAUGAUGAAGCUGUAAAGGAACUGGACAACACUGAGGUUGCAAAAACACCCGAGGACAUUGGUUUUCCAAAGACAAUGCAGUCCACUGAGGGUGAAAAGGUGUUGGAGGACGCUGAUUCUCUAAAGACACUGCAGUCCACUGACUGUGAAAAGGUGCUGGAGGACUCUGAAUCUCUAAAGGCACUGGAGGACACUGAUACUCUGCAGAGGUCACAGGGGAAGAGGUGUGGAAAGGUUCAUCCAGCCCCAUUUGCAUAUUUGGAUGAGGCUGUCAGGUCACCCAGCACUGACUGGACAAUUUUUUGCACUGGAGCAAGCAAACAGGGCUCGUGUGGUUCCCAAGAGACAACCACCAUUACCUCCUCCAGUGGUGAUGAAAGUGCAGACCUGAGGCCCAUUCAGAGAGAGUUGGUGGACUCUACAACAGACGAAGACCCAACUGUUGUUGAGAAAACCAAAGCAAAGAAAACCAAUCACUUCUUUAACUUCUUUCGCAACAUCUUUUCCAAGAAAAACAUUAAGAGGAAGAAGAAGGUGGCUGUGGAAGAAAAUGACUCCAAGUGGCCUUCUUUUUGGAUGCAUGUGAUGCUUUUAUAAGGACCGGGAUCAGGACCAGCUUCAGCCACUGGCCUGAUAAUAACUUAUCCCUGCUGUUAUAUUGAUGGAUAAAAAUACAUCAAUAUGA